UCCUUAAUCGUACUCAAUUUGAGGUUGCUGCUUGAGCUCCCAGCAUCUGGCGGAGUUCUCCCCUCUUACCGCUUCAAUACUUACAAUCUCAUGCGAUACUAUGGGUCGUUUGGCAAUGUGCUGAUCAUUUUGGAGGGAAUUCUUGUCGGCUUCAUAGUGAGCUUUAAUAUGAUAAUUUUUUACAUCUUCGAAAAAAUUCUCGAACUAAUUCGUCUUCGUUUGCGAUAUUUUGGGAAGUUCUGGGACAUCGUCGAUAUCGUACUUCUGACGUUAUGCAGUUGUGAAGUCUUUUUCAACUAUCGUCGCCUCACUAUUGCCGCUAAUCGUAUCAACACAUCUUUGAAAAGUGGAUUAACCGUAGCUGCCUUUGAUGAAGUUGUCAGCACACAGGAGACCUUCAACAACAUAGCCGCUGUGGUUCUGUUCCUGUCGUGGAUUAAGACAAUGAACCAACUGGCUGAAACGCUUUCCCGUUCUGCGAAGGAUAUUGGUGGAUUCGCUGUGAUGUUUGCGGUGUUCUUUUUCGCCUAUGCACAAUUCGGCUAUCUGGUAUUCGGCACUCAGAUAGCUGACUAUUCGACCUUUCUCGACUCGGUGUUCGCCCUACUGCGUACGGUUCUUGGCGACUUCGACUUCACUGCACUUCAGCAGACGAAUCGCGUAUUGGGGCCACUAUUCUUCGUCACCUACGUGUUCUUCGUUUUCUUCGUGCUCCUGAACAUGUUCCUUGCAAUCAUUAACGACUCCUACACAGAAGUGAAAGCUGAAUUGGCACGACAGAAGGAAGGAUACGGUGUAUUUGACUGGAUCAGAAUGAAACUUACCCGCGGUAAGAAAGAGGACAAGAAGUUCACCACCUACAACGACUACAAAAUCGAUCUCAUGAUGGCUGGCUAUAACGAGAAAGAUAUCACAGACGCACUCGACAAAUGCAACGUUGGGCUCGAUGAUGAAGUGAACGAUGAAGUACUCGUCGAGCUUGGAAAUGAGAUUCGAGAUCAGGUUCAACGAAAAAAACUAAUCGACGAAGAAUAUCGUUCAACAGCAGUAUUGACUCAUCGUAUUGACAUGAUGGAUAAUGCCAUAUUCAAUGUGGUCGAGAAACUUUCAAAAACUAUCGAGCAGUUGAACCGCAUCGAAUACUCCAAAGUGCUUGUGAAAGAACAUCAGAAUCAGCUGAAAGCAGAUGAGAUCCUAUUCAAUGCUCGUCUUGAGGACGGAUUGGCUGAAGAUGUAGAAGAUAAUAAAGAAGACUGA